AUGGAAAUAUGGCCGAAUGCAUCAUCUAUAGAUGGGUUCAUCCUCUUGGGCAUCUUCUCCCACAGCCAGACUGACCUGGUCCUCUUCUCUGCGGUCAUGCUGGUCUUCACAGUGGCGCUCUGUGGGAAUGUUCUCCUCAUCCUCCUCAUCUACACUGACUCCCGACUUCAUACUCCCAUGUACUUCUUCCUCAGUCAGCUCUCCCUCAUGGACCUCAUGUUGGUCUGUAACAUUGUGCCAAAGAUGGCAGCCAACUUCUUGUCUGGCAGGAAGUCCAUCUCCUUUGUGGGUUGUGGCAUACAAAUUGGAUUUUUUGUCUCUCUUGUGGGAUCUGAGGGGCUCUUGUUGGGACUCAUGGCUUAUGAUCGCUAUGUGGCCAUUAGCCACCCACUUCACUACCCCAUUCUCAUGAGUCAAAGGGUCUGUCUCCAGAUUGCUGGGAGUUCCUGGGCUUUCGGGAUCCUUGAUGGAGUAAUUCAGAUGGUGGCAGCCAUGAGCAUGCCCUACUGUGGCUCAAGAUAUGUAGAUCACUUCUUCUGUGAGGUGCCGGCUUUACUGAAGCUGGCCUGUACGGACACGUCCCUCUUUGACACCCUGCUCUUCGCUUGCUGUGUCUUCAUGCUGCUCCUCCCCUUCUCCAUCAUUGUGGCCUCCUACGCUCGCAUUUUGGGGGCCGUGCUCCGCAUGCACUCUGCUCAGUCCCGAAAAAAGGCUCUGGCCACCUGUUCUUCCCACCUGACAGCUGUCUCUCUCUUUUAUGGGGCAGCCAUGUUCAUAUACCUGAGGCCAAGGCGAUACCGGGCUCCUAGCCAUGACAAAGUCGUUUCAAUCUUCUACACAGUUCUCACUCCUAUGCUCAACCCCCUCAUUUAUAGCUUGAGAAACAGGGAGGUGAUGGGGGCACUGCACAAAGGGCUGGACCGCUGCAAGGUCAGCAGCAAGCACUGA